ACUUUGUGUUUAAUUCAUGAACUUAACAUAAAUAAUUUGGCCUUUUUUUAUGACUUUAUUUAGACAUGGCUCCAAACCGAAGACCUACUUCCAAGAUGGUUUCCACCAUUGUAGUGUUGAAAGGUGAUUGGAUUGCUGAUUCGUCCAACACUGAAGAGGUUGGGCAAUCCUUGCGCUUCCCGUCAACUCACAUAUGGUCUUCUUCUUCGUCAGAGGCUAAAAAGCUUCAACUUAUGGUGCUUGAGUCAACCAGUGGUCCCUAUGCCAUCGAAGGACUUUCUCACCUACUUGCAUUAGAGAUGCCCAAGCUUUGUGAAUAUGUGACCUUGGAAGGAAAAGCUUCAUCAACGGCAAGCCACGCUGGAUCUCUCCCCUCCUUGGUGCUUCCAUCCAAUCAUGUGACUGAACAUGCAACACCAACAGUGAUCGUAACACAGUUGAUCAGUCGAGGAGCGAGCAAAUGGUGUCAAUGCAUUGAUCAUUUGGGAAAGGUACCAUUCCUAAGUGGCUUCUGGGAUUGGUCAAACUACACAGCCAAGAUGCUAAGUCAUCACAAGAUGGGAGCUUUAGCAGACGCAGUAUUUGUUUUUCCAGAUGGGGAAGAAUUUGUUAAAGUCGGAACUUUCAAAGUUGCAGCCCAAAUGGCAAUCGGUGUUACCUAUAGCUUGGUUCCUCCUAUCUUGGCAUGCAUCUAUCGUGGACUUAGACAACUAACAAAAGUGCCUGAAGCCAGAUAUGAAGCUUCUCUACCUAUAGUUCGGCAAUUUCAUGGGAUUUUGAAUGCAUACCAGCCUUGGGAACUAGAGGUAACGGAUUGUCGUGCAGUUUUACGAGAGCAGGUUAUGUGGUGCUUCACCAAGAAGGCCGCUUCACAAAGAAGUCUUACAAUCCUCAUCGAUUUGCUAGAUAGCAUGGAUUUCAACAAAGACUUCCAGGAAGACAUGUCAAAUUGCCUCAUGGUGGUGAAGUGUCAAAUAUUUAUCGCUUCUGUUAGCAUCCAAUUCUUGAAGGCUAGCGAGGCUAGAAAUUUCAUCCCAUCCUUAAUGAAGAGCACAAUAAUUAGACCUCAAGGGAAGGGGAAACAGCUUCAAGCACUAUUGUCUCCAUCACAGAAGCGAAAUAAUGCUGGUGACCCUAGUCCAUCUUCAAAGAAGCAGAAAUGCAACAGAACUCCUCAAAGAGAGUCAGACUCUUUACAACAUCCACUUUCUAUGCCUGUUGCCCAACAAACCACCAAUCAAGUUUUGUAUAAAGAAAUAUUUAGCUCCUUAGAAUUAAGAGGACUGCCAGGAGAUGCAGAGAUGAUUAGUGCUUUAGAUGAUUUUCUUGAGACAGACACUCUUGAGAUACUUGGAUCACUUCCAAGUCAAAUUGAUGGAGGAGUUCUAUCCUUGAAUGUUAGUGAGCAAGUAACUGCCGAAGAUGGGGAAGUUGACUCUCAUGACAGACAACCAAGUGUGAAGGAAACCGUUGGACUUAAUCCUCCUACCAUGACAUCAUCUAGUCCACUAAAACUUAAGCCUACAUUCUCCUGCAUCACAAAGCAUUUGGAACCAAUUAGCUCUCAAGAACUGGUGAAGCUCAUCCUUUUUAAAGCUAUGAGGAACUAUGUGCAAGAGGAAUUUUCACGAGGCUUGCAAAAUGGCUUUUUUGGGCUUGGACAGUGGUGGGCAGAGCGAUCUUUUGCAAUUUUAGAAGCACUCCAGCUCUAUUUUCGCAUGGAUGUUGACUCUUUACUUAAGACGAUGGAUGCUUACCUAUCUAAGAAGGGGAUAUCAUCAAAUCAAAUCGUCCAUGACUCUCUUUCAAAGGAAAUCAAUGAACUCACCAAGAAGAAGGGAUCCCUAGAGAGUAAGAUUGAAAGUUUGAAGAAGGAGCUGGAAUCAGUUGAGCAGCAACAUGGUGAUGUGACUUCCACACUUGAUUUGCUCCUUGACAAAAGGCAAACAGCAGAAGAGCAACUUCAGUCCAACCAAGCAAAAUUGAUAGAGUUGGAAAACUCCAAAGUUGUAGCUGUUGAGACAGUCGCUGAAGUGGAGAGGAUGCGACAAGACCUUGAAAUUGAGUUUGAAGCCAUUGCAAAGGGAACUUGGUUUGAAAACAACAUGUGAUGUUGUUCAUUUUGUAUUCUUUCCCCUUUUUUUAGACUUUGAGCAUUCCUUUUCAAAGACUUGUCAAAUUUUGGCUUUAGCCACUUUGUGAAUAAAUAAGAUGCAUUUUCUUCACUUUUGUUGUUCUCUCUGCUUUGCUUUCUUUGCUUGACAUAGACAUUUCUCCCUUUGUUGGAAAACUUGAAAUGAACCAUAAUCAAAAGCAAACUUAAAU